AUGAAAUUUAAAGGGGCUAAUAAAAGCCUGGACACAUUAAAUUUUUUUAUUAAAACAAAUAAACCUUGUACCUCAGUGUGUCUAAAAGAACCAGAUCCCGAUAGCUGUAUGGAAGUUGAAUAUUCAAAUGUAGAUAACCAAGAUCCAGGGAAACCGAAUUUACCAGCUAUACUGAGUUCUGACAAAACAAUGUCCCUAUUGAAACCAGAUCCUAAAAGUUGUAUGGAACUAGAAUGUCUUGUUGAUAAUAUGGAAGAGGAGCCAGAGAGAAAGAAUUUACUGGUUUUACCUAGCUUUGAAAAAGAACUUAAUGCAAGUAGCUGUGAUGGAACUAAAUAUUUAAACACUUAUGUAGGAGAUAAGGAGAAAUUAAAUGAAUUUACAGUACUUUGUGUUCCUGACAAAACAGAUGUUGAGUCUCCUGAUAUCUAUGAAUCUGUUAAUAAUUUACAAUCAGUUUCGCCAAUGUUUAAAAAUGAUCCAGUUUUAUUUAUGAAUAAAUCAAUCACACCUGGAUUGAAGUUAAUUCAAUUAGAAAUGGGUCCAUGUCAACCAGUUGCUACCGAUUUACCCAAUGGUAAAUUUCCUAAAGAUGAAUCAAAUCCACCACGUUCGUUUUCAACAUCAUAUUAUACAAAGUUGGUUAAUGGAAAGUCUGAACAUCGAUCGUGGAUUACAUACUCGCCUUCAAUGAAUAGAAUUUAUUGCUGGACAUGCAAACUGUUUGGUUCUAUUAGAGCUCAAAAAAACUCUUUUGUCACUACAGGUUGCAAUUCAUGGGGACAUUUAGGUGGUUUAUAUGGUCGAAUUCAUUUACAUGAAACUUGUAAAGAUCACUUAGAAGCUGAAUUAAAUAAAAUAAUGUACAUAAAUAAUAAUCGUGUUGAUAUUCAGUUAAUGAAUUCUAAUAAUAAGCAUGUUGCAAUGAAUAGAGCAGUUGUGCAUGUAUUAAUGGAUAUAGUGUUAUGUUUAUCCAAACAUAAUGAUGCAUUCAGAGGCCAUACUGAGUGUUUAACUAAUGGUACAAGUGGAAAAUUUCUAGAUUGGGUCAACGUUUUUGCCAAACAUCAUACAAUUUUAGCUACACACUUGGAAAAUAUUAAAUCAUCAACAAAAAAACAAAGAUUGACAUUUCUAUCUAAAUCAUCACAAAAUUCUAUGCUCAACUGUAUUGAUGAAUCGAUCCGUGAAACUAUUUUAAAGGAAGUGAAAGCGGCUGGAAUGUAUUCACUUAUACUGGACUCUACAACGGAUGUGUCAAAGCUCGACCAAUUUGCUUUUGUAUUGAGAUAUUGUACAAACGAUGGGCUUAUAAAAGAGCGAUUAAUUUGUGUUGAUGAAACAGUAGAUUCAACUGGAAAUGGGAUGUAUGAGUUAUUUUGUAAAGUAUGUGACAAAUAUAAUUUAAAUUGGAGGCAUGAUCUGAUUGGACAAGCUUAUGAUGGGGCAUCUAAUAUGCAAGGAGCGGUAAAAGGAUUACGCUCAUUAAUACAAAAUGAAAAUAAAAGUGCACUACAUGUAUGGUGUAGUGCACAUUGCUUAAAUUUAGCGGUUGUUGAUUGUUGUGAAGCAACUGAAUGUGCACAAGACUUUUUUGGUGCAAUUAGUAGUUUGGUAACAUUUUUAGGUGCCAGAAAGAGAACCGCAACAUAUGUAGAGUUUCAAAAACAAUUAUAUAAAAACCAACGUAUUCGUAGGUUAAAAAGUUUUUCUGCUACGAGAUGGACAUACCAUGACCGUUCUUUAGAAGUUAUACAAAUAACUUAUAAAUCAAUUAUUUUAACAUUAAAAAAAAUUAGCCUUGAAGAAACUGACAAAAAAAACAGACAUUUAGCUAAUAGUUUUUUAAAGCAACUUAAUUCUUUUAAAUUUGUUCUAACAAUGCAUAUGAUGCGCAAUAUAUUCUCAAUUACUACACCUUUAUCAAAUUAUUUACAAAAUCCUGCCAUCGAUUUCAUUCAAGCAAUACAUUUAAUUAAAGUGACUCGACAACAAAUACAAGAUUUACGAGCAAUGAAAACUGAAUCUGUAUAUGAGAACCUAUUUACAGAAACAAAAUUAUUUUGUGAAGCACAAGACUUAGAGGAACAUGAUUUAGCAGAGGUGCGUACAUCUCGCAAGAAAAAAAUGAGUGGAGAAAUAAGUAGUGAUGAAAGAAUAACUUCAGCAAAUUACCGCUAUGUAUGUGAAGUUUAUAGAUGUUCAUUGGAUGUAAUUUUAUCUAAACUAGAUGAUAGAUUUAGUGGUUCUGAAAAUAUCUUCAAAGAAUUUUCAUUACUACUACCUGAACGCUUAGAGUUAAACAAAGUCUCCCCAAAUAAAUUUGAUUACUUGGUAAACUGUGCUACAACAAAUGACAUAAAAAUGCAAUGUAAACAUUCUAAACAUACAAUUAAUACAAAUGAUUUAAGUGAUCAAUAUGAUACUGACAGUGAUGAUUCCGAAGAAACAAUACAUGUUACUGCCAUAUACUCUGCACUGUGUAAAAUGGGAAUGGUGUCAGCUUUUCCAAAUUUAUUCAUGGCUUAUAAGGGGAUUUGUACUUUGCCACCAACAUCAGCAACUGCAGAACGAUGUUUUUCCAAGCUUAAACUCAUUAAAACAAAAUUACGCUCUACUAUUGGAGAAAAAAGGUUAGAUAAUUUAAUGUUAAUUUCUUGUAACCCUGAUAGAAGUAUAGAAGUAUCAAUUGAAGAUGCUAUUAAUAAAUUUGCUUCAACUUCCAGUGUUUUGCAAAAAGCAUUAAUGUAUUGUUAA